ACGGAAUGUACUGCAAUCUGGUGACGUGCUAGUCAAACCUUAUCACACCCAAAACACCCGCCACAACCCCCACUCCCCACUCCCCCGUCCCCACUCCCUUCAGGUGUUUGACCGGGUGAACGCGGACGGGGUGUAUUGCAAUCUGGUGACGGGGCAGGAGAGGAAGGAGAUGCCCUUCGCCCACCACACCGCCUGCACCAUUGAGAUGGCCAAUCUCUCCACCCCUGUCGACGUGGCAGUCAUUGACGAGAUUCAGGAGAUGCCAUUCGCGCACCACACGGCAUGCACCACACGGCAUGCACCACACGGCAUGCACCACACGGCAUGCACCACACGGCAUGCACCACACGGCAUGCACCACACGGCAUGCACCACCAUCGAGAUGGCAAACCUUUCUACCCCUGUGGACGUGGCGGCCAUUGACGAGAUUCAGAUGAUAAGGGAUGACUACAGAGGGUGGGCGUGGACGAGGGCGCUGCUGGGAGUGCAAGCAGCAGAGGUGUACGCGUGUGGGGACCCCUCCAUGAUCAGUGACGAUUACCGCGGAUGGGCGUGGACCAGGGCCCUCCUGGGAGUGCAAGCAGCGGAGGUGCACGUGUGUGGCGACCCCUCCGUGCUGCCCCUCUUGCGAGCCAUCUGUGACGCCACUGGGGACGCCUUCGAAUGCCACCAUUACCACCGCUUUGCACCGCUCACAGUGGACCAGACGAGCUUGCAGGGUGAUCUGGGGCGGGUAUCACCUGGUGACUGCAUUGUGGCGUUCUCGCGGCGAGAGAUAUUCGAAAUCAAGCCAUUUGAGGUGCCUCAAAAGCCGUGCUCUGCUCUGGUGCGUGCGUUCCAUGUGCGAGCGGUGGAGAUGACCACAAAGCACCGGUGCUGUGUGGUGUACGGGGCACUGCCGCCAGAAACCAGGAGGCAGCAGGCGAGGCUGUUCAACGAGGAGGAGAGUGACUUCCGUGUGUUGGUAGCUUCAGACGCUAUCGGAAUGGGGCUUAACCUCUCCAUUCGGAGGGUUGUCUUCAGCACGCUUCACAAGUUUAAUGGGGAGGAGAAGAUCAUCAUCCCGUCGCCCAUGGUACGCACGGGUGCCCAUAUGGGUGUCUCUCUCCCAUCAGUUUCUCUCCCAUCAGUUUCUCUCCCCUCAGUCUCUCUUCCCUCAGUUCCCCUCCCCUCAGAUUCUCUCCCCUCAGUUUCUCUCCCCUCCGUCUCUCCCUCCAUCUCUUUCCCCACCACUCCCGUGAAGCAGAUCGCCGGGAGGGCGGGCAGGAGGGGAAGCCGGUACGAGGAGGGGGUGGUGACAUGCCUGGACCCCACCGACAUGCCGUUGCUCAUCGCUGCUCUGCAGGAGCCAGUCGAGCCCACCACGGCUGCUGGCCUUUUUCCUCUCUUUGAACAGGUGGAGGUGUUCGCCAGUCAGCUGCCUGACGUGUCCUUUGCAAGGCUGCUUGACAGAUUCGUGGAGACAUCGAAGCUAGACGGCACCUACUUUCUCUGCCGCACUGACAACAUCCGGCGCGUGGCAACCAUGCUGGACAAGAUCAAGGGUCUGACCCUCCGCGAUCGCUUUGCCUUCUGCUCAGCACCAGCCAAUGCCAGAGACCCCACCGUGAUGGCCGCCCUCCUGAGAUUCGCCCACCAGUAUGCCGAGGGCAAGCCCGUGCCGCUUUUAUCGGGUGGACGGGGCGAGGAGGAGAAAUUGGGGGACGAGGAGAGGAGUGGAGGAUGGGAGGGGGGCAAGGGGAGGCCGGGGGGAGAUUCGGCGGGCCAAUGGGUGCGCGGCACGUGGCAGAGAACUGCUGCUUCGGAUCUCAUGGCAUUGGAGACAAAGCACCAGGUGGCAUCACUCUAUCUCUGGCUGUCCUAUCAGUUUCCCGAAGGCGCCUUCCCAGACGCUUCCCUCGCGACAGACAAGGCUCAGAACGCGGCCAAGCAGCUCUCCACGGCUCUCCUCGAGGCUCGGACGCCGAACCUGAGCAGCAGCUUCGGCAAGCCAGGCUCGGUCAGGGACAGGUACGGGCCCGGGCUGACGGACGUCCAGCAGCAACAGCUUUGGUACAUUGAGCAGCAAAAGAGGCGGAGGGAAGAGGAGAGGAGGAAGCGGGCAGAGGGGGUGGGAGGGGGAGGAAGGAAGGGAGAAGGAGAGGAGGAAGAAGAAGGGGGGGUGGAUGACGAGAUGAGGCAGCUGAUUGCGAGUGCGAGGCUGAAGAGGAGUGCUGGCAGGAGGAAAUUGAGUGCCGGGGCGUCUCAGAGGUAG